CACCCACACACACACACACACACACACACACACACACACACACACACACACACACACACACACACACACACACACACACACACACACACACACACACACACAGUUAUUCACGAACACUCACACUGUAGGAAACCAACCAUAAGAAGACCACAAGGAGACCGGACCAGACAGAAGGAAGUAUUUUUGCUACCUGGACUUACGUACAGGACGCCCAGACUGUCCCUUGGAUCUAUCAACCAUGACAACGGCUGUCCCCUUCCUCCUCUCCUUGGUCCUAGUCCUCACCAACGGUCAGUAUUACUACCAGGGUCUCAUGGAUUAUCUGGAGAACAGAUUCCUUGCCAUUGAGGAUCGUAUGCUCAUAUGGCACGAGCAGUCGAACCACUACAACACAGAGCUACGGCACUUCAAGAAGCAGACUGCUGAGUUUAUAAAGGGACUAAACCAGGACCACGGUACUUUGCGCCAAGACCUGGAGGGGACAGGGGUACGAAUGGACCGCAUCGAGAGAGAGAUGGACUACAUCGAAACCCAAAACCCCGCUAGGCCCUGUGUGAACCAGGAAGACAGAAUGGUGGAUGUGGACCUGGAGGUGAAGGAGCGGGUGAAGGAGAUGAAGAAAGGGGGAGAGGAAGAUGGGUACUCCAGAGUCUUGGAUUGUAUAGACAUCAUCUCCAGCAUCAGAGCCAUGAAGAUCCUGAAGAGGAUGGGCAGCCCCAAGGGCAUGUGGACUAAAGACGCCAGGACCUCUAAGGUCUACAUCUUCAACGGCACGGCAGAGGACACCGUGUACCAGUUCAGCUCUGUUCUAGACUUCUCAUCCUCCCCAGGAGUAGCCCACAGCAGGCCCAUAAGACUGCCAUCUCUGUGGAGUGGCACCGGUGGUGCCGUCUAUAACGGCUAUGCCUACUACGUGAUGGAGGGGGCUGACGAGCUCCAGGUCAUUAAGUAUGACCUGGCGAAUGGCACAUUGACAGACAGUGCUGUGUUCCCAGUGGAGGUGGCAGACCAUAGACCUGUCUACAGCCUCAACCCAGAGACUGCUGUGGACCUGGCUGCCGAUGAGGAAGGCCUCUGGGCCCUUUACACCACCAGGGAGAGUGAGUCCAUCAACCUGGCUAAGAUGGACCCAGACAGCCUGGAUAUCGAGCAGAUGUGGGAUACACAGUGUCCCCAGGUGAAUGCGGAGGCAGCCUUCGUGGUCUGUGGGACGGUCUAUGUGGUCUACAACACCAGGUUGCCUAGUCGCUCUCGUAUUCAGUGUGUGUUUGACGUAAACGAUAUGGUGACCAAUGAGGAGGCUCCGCUACUGUAUUUCCCCAGGAGGUAUGGAGUCCACGCCAGCCUUAAGUACAACCCUCAGGAGAAACAGAUCUAUGCCUGGGACGACGGCUACCUGAUCCUUUACAAACUGUCCAUGAAGAGGAAGCUAAUGGUUUAAGUGGAUGGACGAGUGGGUAUUUUAGUCAAAUAACAUUUUAGUCAGAGAAAACAUUCUAAUAUGAAGACUAUCACUGGAGACAUAGAUUUGUUUUUUUGAUACCACUCACCCCACUGUCCAUACUGUAUACAUUGUCUCUACAGGAAAAUGUACCUCUGUAUUUUUUACUUGAAAUAAUGCAUUGAAUUACUGUACUGUAGGUGCCUGAUAUAAAAUAUAUUAUUGCAACCCCAGUUUGAUAUAAAGUUUAUGUUGAAUGGAGCUCUGAAUUAGAUUGGAAUUGUAAUAUGUCUGCAACAACUGGAUUUAUUUGGGGCAGAGAUCAAAAACUGUGAAUAAUUGAAUGCCAUGAUGGAAUGUAUGCCCCAGCUCUCCUCAAGAUGUAAUUUGGCUAUUUGCA